CUGCAUGCUGUUUGCAGGAGUUUCAUCCAUUAGAACUAACCUUUCCCUUCUAAAUCUGAGCUGCUAGGGACCCCAAGGAGCAGCAAAACCCUACCAGGGAGAAGGGAGCUGCUAUGCCUCGCCUCCUCCUUUCUGUUUUUGGUCUUCUGUUCCUCUCACUGAUUUCUGCCUCUGAAGAUGAUACUGUGGUGGUGACCAACAGUGGCUCCAUUCAAGGCAAGAGAAUUCUGGCUGGUCCUGGCCCUGUGACUGCCUAUCUUGGCAUCCCUUAUGCUAAGCCCCCUCUAGGGAAACUCCGGUUCCAGAAGCCUCUUCCACAUCCACCCUGGACCCAUGUGUUGGAGACCACCAGGUUUGGCAACUCUUGUCCACAAGCAAAUGCUUCUGGACUUUUUGAUAUAGACAUAUGGGUUGCCAAUACACCACUUUCAGAGGACUGUCUUUUCCUCAAUGUCUGGGUGCCCCACCCAAAGCCCUCCACCCCAGCACCUAUCCUUGUAUGGAUCCAAGGCAUGGGUUAUGUCACUGGCACUGCAUCCCUGGAGAUCUACAAUGGAGCCGCCUUAGCUGCCACAGAGGGUGUCAUUGUAGCCUCCAUGAAUUACCGCUUGGGGGCUCUGGGUUUUCUUUACAUGCCACCACAUGCCCCAGGAAACAUUGGCUUAUGGGACCAAUACCUGGCUCUGAAGUGGCUGAAGGAGAACGUAGCUGUCUUUGGCGGUAACCCAGCUCAAUUGACUCUUGUUGGCCACAGUGCUGGAGCAGCCAUGGUGGGGUUCCACCUUCUUUCACCAGUAAGCCAACCACUUUUCUCUCAUGCUGUGCUCCAGGGUGGCGUUCCCAAUGCCAUCUGGCCCUGGAAGGACACCCAGAAAGCAAAACUAGAUGCAGAGAUGGUAAGCCAAGAAGUGGGGUGUCCUCUAGAUGCUGACACGGUAAGCUGUCUACAGAGAAUAGAAAUUGGGGACAAAAAAUUUUCUCAACUGACUGCUAUCAAUUCCUUGACAGUAGAUGGAGAAUUCCUGCCAGAUGAGCCCCCAAAACUCCUAAAGGACACACAUUUUCAGGGUAAAUCAAUUCUCACAGGUAUCUUAGCUGAUGAAGGAUCUACAUUUGUACUGUAUAUGUAUCCUGAUACCAAAUCCAAUGGUGGGAUAGUGACAUGGGAUCAGUUUUAUCAAGGGGUGAUGGGAACAAUGGCAAAUGUAACAAAUGAAGCUGUUGCUCAGGCUGUAGCGCGGAAGUUCAGCGAAAACUAUCGUGGGCCAGAGCAGUACCGUUUGGCCUUUGCUCAAUAUUUUAGAGAUUACUUCUUUGUGUGCUCUUUGGAUGAAUUUGCUACAAAGAUCAGAGAAGCUGGGAGGCCGGUCUAUGUUUAUUCCUUCGAUCACCGCUCAUCUGGUUCCCCCUGGCCUGAAUGGGUAAAGACACCUUAUGGGUCUGAGGUACCUUACCUGUUUGGAAGCUUCAAAGCUGCUUUGCCAACAAGCCAGCCGGUCACGGAGGCCGAAAAGACACUGAGCCGUAGAGUGAUGCGAUAUUGGGCCAACUUUGCCAGAAGCGGAAACCCUACUGGAUCAACACCCGGUGAGGUGCAAUGGCCACUGUACAAUGCCAAGGAGAAGAAGCUCUUUCACAUCAGCGUAGGAGCACCCCAGCUCAAGCCAGUCUCACCUACUCCUCUCUGUGAUUUCUUGUCUAAUCUGAAUGUUAAUGCAACAUUCACAAACCAAUAGUUACAAUCAAGAAGCAACUGGAAGUAACUGGAAGAAUGGACCUAUAUAGAGAUUACACUUCGUUUGGAAAACUCACAGUCUUCAAUAUACAAAAGGACUGUGUAUUAAACAUUAAUUCAAAGGAAAAAA